AUGGGCAAGCUCCUCGCGCUCGAGCUGUACAACUUCAAGUCCUACAAAGGCCACCAUGUGUUGCAGUUCGGCGACAGCUUCUUCACGUCGAUCAUUGGCCCCAAUGGAUCUGGCAAGUCCAACUCCAUGGACGCCAUCUCCUUCGUCCUGGGCAUCAAGUCGUCUCACUUGCGAUCGCAGCAUCUCAAGGAUCUUGUGUACCGUGGUCGCGUGCUGAAGCAUUCCAAAAUCAAUGCCGAUGGAACUGCAACGGAUGAAGUCCCAAACGGACACGUCAAUGGCGAUGCGGUGAAUGGAGCAGAUGAUGUUGAUGAGGAGGUGGAGGUGCCGAUUGAGAGUCAGCGGAACGACCCCCAGACAGCUUGGGUCAUGGCAGUGUAUGAGGACGAUGCCGGAGAAGAGCAGAAAUGGAAGCGCACCAUCACUUCCAACGGCCAGUCAGAGUAUCGCAUCAACAACAAGCCCGUGACCGCGAAGACGUACAACGAGGCACUUGAACAAGAGAACAUCCUGAUCAAGGCCCGAAACUUCCUCGUCUUUCAGGGAGAUGUGGAAGCAAUAGCAUCGCAGUCGCCGAAAGAUCUGACCCGCUUGAUUGAGCAGAUCAGUGGCUCACUCGAGUACAAGGCCGACUACGAGCGAUCGAAGCUGGAGAAAGAGAGAGCAGAAGACGACCAGAGAUAUAAGCUGGAUCAGCGACGUGGUAUCAAUGGCGAGAUCAAGCAAUAUCGAGAGCAGAAGGAGGAGCUUGACAAGUACGAGCAAACGCGCGACCAGAAGUAUGAGGCAGUGGUCACCCAGAUCCUGUGGAAGCUCUUCCACUUCCAACGCACAAUCGAAGACAGCACUGCCGAGAUACAGCGACACCAGGCCGAGUUGAAGGAAUUCAGGCGUAAUGUGCAGAAGUUCUCAGACCGGCUGGAAGCGGCAAAGGCAGAGCAGGCCAAGGUUGGCCGUGAGGUGAACAAGUGCGAGCGAGAAAUCAAACGCAAGGAGAAGGAGGUCGAACAAAAGGAGAAUUCGCUCAUUCCCGUUGACGAGAAGCUCUCGAUUCAUUCGUCCAAUCUGGAAUCAUACCGAAAGAGAGUAGACGACAUUGCAAAGGAGCGCGACGACAAGAAGAAAACGUUUGAGAAAUUUGAGAAAGACCUCCAAACAGUGCAGACCGCGCAGAAGCGUUGGGAGAAGGAGUGGAAUGCCCAGCAGCAGAAGAUGGGCAGGAAGCUGAACGACGCUGAUCUUCAAGAGUUGGAGCGUCUUCGUAGAGAAGUUUACAAGCGUGCUGGGAAUGAUCGAAACAAGAUCGACACCAUCACACGACAGCUCAAGACUGAUGAAGAGACCGUAGCCUCUCUGAAAUCGUCACUCGAAAACACGGAAGCCCAGGCCUCGACCUUGCAAGAAGAUGUUGACGGGCUGAAGCAGCGGCGUGAGGAAGUGCGUCGCACUGUUAAGUCUACCAGCAAGGAGAUCGAUGCCAAGAAGGUUGCCAUCAACGCUUUGAUCAGUGACCGAGACCGCACAGAGCAAAAGUCUCGAGAACUGGACGAGAAGCUACACCAGGUGCUCAGUAAGCUCGACGAGGCCAUGGGCUUCCAGCGCGAGUCUCACAAGGAAGCUCAACAACGAGAGUUGGUCUCCCAGCUGAAGCGUAUCUACCCUGGCGUUCGCGGUUUGCUGGGCAGUCUCUGCAGGCCGAAGCAGAAGAAGUACGAGACUGCUGUGUCGACUGUCUUGGGACGUCAUUACGACGCGAUCGUGGUCGACACCGAGAAGACCGCUAGAGAAUGUAUUCAGUUCCUCAAGGACCAGCGUACGGCUUCGGCCACGUUCAUUCCCCUGGACACCAUCAUACACAAGCAGCCCAAUGCGAACCUGCGAGGCAUGCACCAGGGCAUGAGACUAGCCAUUGAUACCAUCGACUUCGACACAAACCUGGAGCGAGCCAUGAGUUUUGCAUGCGGCAAUGCCAUCGUCACUGACACUAUUGCCAUCGCAAAGAACUUGGUGUACAACCGCAACGUCGAUGCUAAGGCAGUCACGCUCGACGGCACUGUCAUCCACAAGGGCGGUAACAUGACCGGCGGUGAGGGUAUUGAGAAGAAGCGUCGAUUCGAAGACGCAGAAGUUGACAACCUGCGCACCAUGGCAGACAAGUUCAAAGGCGAGAUUGAUGCAUUGCCAAAAGGUCACAAGCGCCAGUCCGAGGAAGAGAAAUUGCGGUCUGAUCUGACAGGCUUGGAGACGAAGCUGAAAUAUGCUCAAGACGAACUGAAGACACUGGAUCGCAACAUCGACAGCAAAUCGCGAGAGCUGCAACAUGUCCAGUCUCAGCUUAAGGAUCUGAGACCAAAGUAUCAGGAGCAGGCUCGUGGCGUCGAGACCUUGCGUGAGCAGCUCGAAGACCACACUGCAGCACUGGCGGAGAUAGAGGACGAGGUAUUCGGUGCCUUCUGCCAGCGUGUGGGAUACGAAAACAUCCGCGAGUACGAUCGACAACAAGGCGCUUUGCAAGAAGAGGCCACCAAGGCCGCGGACAAUUUCAAGAGACAGAUCUCACGACUCAACCAGUCGGUGACGUAUGCAAAAGCAGAUCUGGCAAGCACCGAGAACAGACUGAAGAGUGUUCAACAAUCGAGCAAGCGUGACGAGGACAUGGUCGCCGCUCUCGAGGCGGAGAAAGAGCAGAUCACUGCAGAGCUCGAAGAACUGAAUGAGGAGAUCGCAGAGCUGAAUGGACAGCUCGAGGAGCUGAAGAAGCAAUUCGACGAGCGAGGCCAGACUGUACAAGAAGCCAGACGAGAGCUGGCAAAGCGCAGCAAGGGCGAAGAGAAGACGGUCAAGGAGAUCAACGUCCUCGACGCCGAAGUCCAAAGGGCAUCCAGUGGACGCUACGGCAUCCUACGAAGCUGCAAGGUCGAAAACAUCACCCUUCCACUCGAGCGCGGCAGCCGCAAGGUCGACUCCCUCCCCAUGGAACACACCGUCCUCGAAGAAGACGAAAACGCCAUGGACGUCGACGGCGAAGAAGGCAUCUCAGCCGCUAAGCUCAAAGAUUACGGCAUCUCCGUUUCCUUCGACGACCUGGAUGACGAUCUCAAAGAAGACCCCAGCGACGAAUGCGAAGCCAGCCUCUCGGAAAAAAUCAACACCCUCCAAACCUCGCUCGACAAGAUGGCCCCCAACAUGCGCUCCGCCGAACGCCUCGAAACGACCGAAGCCCGCCUCAAUGCCACCGACCAGGAAUUCAACCAGUCCAAAACCGCCUACAAGAAAGCCAGCAAAGCCUUCGAAGACAUCCGCGCCAAACGCAUGGAUCUCUUCCAAAAAGCCUUCCAGCACAUCUCGGAGCAAAUCGGCCCCGUCUACAAAGAACUCACCAAGACGCAGUCCUUCCCCCUCGGCGGCAACGCCUCCCUGGACGUCGAAGACGAAGACGAACCGUACCUCUCCGGCGUGAAAUACCACGCCAUGCCGCCCCUCAAACGCUUCCGCGACAUGGAGCACCUCUCCGGCGGCGAGAAGACCAUGGCGGCGUUGGCGCUGCUCUUCGCCGUGCACACGUACGCGCCCUCGCCGUUCUUCGUCCUCGACGAGGUGGACGCCGCGCUGGACCAUGCGAACACGACCCAGUUGGCGCAGUAUGUCCGGGAGCAUGCCGGGCCUGGCAUGCAGUUUGUGGUGAUUUCGCUCAAGACGGGGCUCUUUCAGAACAGUGAGACGUUGGUGGGGAUUAUGCGGGAUCAGGCGGUGAACAGCUCGAGGGCGUUGACGUUGGAUGUAAGUUUUGAUUUCUUUCUUAACGUGGUCAUUGUGAUGAUGCUAACGUGUUUGUCACAGCUACGAAAGUAUCAGGCUGUCUAA